GGGAAACCUAUAAAUUCGCGUUUUGCUAAAGAAACUUGUACUAAGUGAGUUGCCGUAUCUUUGUGGACGUCGUCAAAACAUUGCAGCCAGAUGAUGGGCACAGACGUCAGCCUAAAAAUCAAAAGCGCGCUGCUCCCUUUGAUACUGUUCACCGUCCUGUGUGAAUGCAAACCCAGCAGCGAUGUUCGUUCACUUGCCGGAGUCGCAAGAGAAAUAUAUGGAUACAGAGAUGUAGCCCAGAAAAUCAUUGAUUUGGCCAUCUAUGGAAAGGCUCAGAACCGCUCUUAUGACCGACUGUCAGCCUUCACGGACACUGUGGGGAACAGGAUAAGUGGAUCUCAAAACUUGGAACUCGCCAUUAAGUAUAUGUACAACGCUCUAGUUCAGGAUGGGUUGGAGAAUGUGCAUUUGGAACAGGUGAAGAUUCCGCACUGGGUUAGGGGCAAGGAGAGCGCAGUGAUGGUCCUCCCACGAAAUCACACAAUGGCUAUUCUGGGCCUGGGCAGUAGUGUUGGGACACCCAGCCAAGGAAUCGAGGCCGAGGUUCUGGUGGUCGGAUCUUUUGAAGAGCUGAGGAGGCGUGCGGGCGAUGCCAAGGGCAAGAUCGUGGUGUACAAUCAGCCGUUCGUCAACUACGGGGAGACUGUGGCCUAUCGUGCUAAUGGUGCUUCAGAGGCGGCUAAGGUUGGAGCUGUGGCCUCCCUUAUCCGCUCCAUCACCCCGUUCUCCAUCAACAGCCCACACACUGGUUGGCAGUGGUACCAGCCUGGAGUGGCACAGAUCCCCACAGCCUGCAUCACUAUUGAGGACGCCGAGAUGAUGGCCAGGAUGGCCGGGCGGGGGCAGAAGAUCGUGGUGCGCCUCCACAUGGGCGCCCAGACGCUCCCUGAUGCCGACUCCUUCAAUACGGUGGCAGAGCUGGUGGGCAGUGAGCAUCCAGAGCAGGUGGUGCUGCUGAGUGGACACCUGGACAGCUGGGACGUGGGUCAGGGCGCCAUGGACGACGGCGGCGGUGUGGCCAUCUCUUGGGAGGCCCUGAGUCUGCUCCGAGACCUUGGCUUGCGUCCAAAGAGAACAAUCCGGAUGGUGCUCUGGACUGCUGAAGAACCGGGUGGUGUUGGGGCCAGCCAGUACUUUGAGAGACAUAAGGGAAACAUCUCCAACUUUGACCUGGUAAUGGAGUCGGACUUGGGCACCUUCGCCCCUCUGGGCCUUCAGUUCACCGGCAGCAAGCAGGCCCAGGCCAUCAUGCAGGAAGUGGUGGGGCUGCUGGCGCCCAUUAACACCACGGCCCUGGAGGAGCACGGCGAGGGCACGGAUAUAAACAUGUGGAUGGAGGCAGGCGUGCCAGGGGCAAGCCUUCACACGGCCGACUCCAAGUACUUCUGGUUCCACCACACUGAAGCGGACACCAUGACCGUGCAGAGCCCGCUGGAGAUGAACCUGUGCUCAGCCCUGUGGGCUGUAGUGGCCUACGUGGUGGCUGACCUGGACGAGAUGCUCCCACGGUAGCGCUGGACAAGGGGAGGACUCACCGCUCAAUCUUCUCAUUCCUUCACCUUUUUAUCAGCACUCCACAUUUAAUAAUGCCUUCCUCUGGGUCCAUUUGUAUUCUGGGACCAGAGGUCAUUUGACUGGACACGAGCACUAUGUUUUUCCUUUUGUAACCUAUCGGAAUAUAGGACUGUACAGCUGCAGGAACCCUGCAGAGCUUUGACUAGAGAACUAUAAAGAUGAAAUAAAAUCAAUGUUGUCAAAGGCA